AAGAAACAAUUAGUAAGAUUUCUCCUUGGUGGUGUUCUGUAAGUGGGUAGAGAAAAAAGAUUCAAGGAAAGAGAUGUCGCUAAUUAAUAUAUCGUUUGCAGACAAUGGAGCAACGACGCAAACUUUCGUUAUUUGUUACUCACCAAGUCUCAUCACAUCUAAUGGAUUUUUUCAGGGUGAUAAUCCAUUGGAUUUUGCUCUUCCCCUCUUCAUUUUGCAGCUAGCAACCAUUGUCCUUAUGAUUCGUGUGUUUGUUUAUCUUCUCAAACCUUUUCGCCAACCUAGGGUCAUCGCUGAGAUCUUUGGCGGUGUUAUUUUAGGUCCAUCAGUGCUGGGAAGAAUAGAGGAGUUUUCUGACAGACUUUUUCCUAUUAGAAGUAUAAUGGUAUUAGAAACCAUGGCAAAUAUUGGUCUCCUCUAUUACUUGUUCUUAGUUGGUCUAGAAAUGGACCUUUCCAUUAUCAGACGCACGGGUAAGAAAUCGUUAGUAGUUGCUGUCGCUGGCAUGGCUUUACCAUUUCUUGUAGCAGCAGCUGCAUCUUCCAAGUUAAUGCCUCCGCAUAUGCAUCAUAAAGGCCGUGAGGAAAUGUUAGAUAAAACGAUUUUCAUUCUCUUCUUUGGAGUUGCUAUUUCAGUCACAGCUUUCCCAGUUUUAGCUAGAAUUCUUGCGGAACUAAAACUUCUAGGCACCGACCUUGGUAAAAUAGCGAUGUCUUCUGCGAUUGUUAAUGAUAUGUUGGCAUGGAUAUUGUUAGGUAUGGGUAUAGCUCUUGCGGAGUGCCGAAAUGUAGCUGAACAUGGCAAAGAACAUAAAAAUACCGAUAUCCCUCUCUACUGGGUUGUAAUUUUAAGUACUGCCUUUGUGGGUUUUUGUAUUUUCGUUCUCAGGCCGGGAAUUGGAUGGCUUAUACGAAGAACACCUGAAGGAGAGGCUGUUAGUGAUUUCCAUACAUGUUUGAUUCUGACAGGAGUAAUGUUAUGUGGAUUUAUUACUGAUUCGAUUGGAACUCAUUCGAUUUUUGGCGCAUUUAUGUUCGGAUUGGUGAUACCAAAUGGACCAUUGGGAUCUAAUAUGAUAGAAAAAUUGGAAGAUUUUGUGUCUGGUUUGCUACUACCUCUGUUUUUCGCUAUAAGUGGGUUGAGGACUAAUGUAAGUAGCAUGACUUACUCUGCCGACUGGAUAUGGACGUUAAUCAUUUUAAUUUUGUGUAGUCUGGCCAAGAUUGGUGCGACAUUUCUGACUGCGGUCUUUUAUGAGAUGCCAACCAGAGAUGGAUUCGCUCUUGGAUUGCUUAUGAACACUAAAGGUCUUAUUGAAAUGAUUGUGUUGAAUGUUGGCAGAGACCAGAAGGUACUGAAUGAUGAAAUCUUUGCACUCAUGGUGAUUAUAGCUAUUCUAACUACCGCGGUUAUAAUCCCAACUGUAACUGCAGUCUACAGACCUGGAAGGCGUUUUGUUGCUUACAAGCGUAGAACUAUACAGAAAUCCAAACCAGACGCUGAGCUCCGAUUAUUAGCGUGCAUCCACAAUCCUCGCAACGUGCCAACAGCUAUCAGCCUCCUUGAUAUCUCUCACCCAAACAAAAAAUCCCCUAUCUAUGUUUAUGCACUCCAGCUUGUCGAACUCACAGGACGUGCGUCUGCCAUGCUUAUUGUUCAUAACACUCGCAAGUCUGGUCGCCCUGCUGUGAACAGAACUCAAGCACAAAGUGAUCAAAUUGUAACUGCAUUUGAAAUUUACGAGCAACAUGCAGCAUUUGUCUCUGUCCAACCUCUUACCGCUAUUUCUCCUUACUCAACAAUGCACGAAGAUAUAUGUAACCUCGCCGAAGAAAAAAGGGUUUCUAUGAUUGUUGUUCCUUUCCACAAACAACAGACCAUUGAUGGAGAAAUGGAAGCGCCAAAUCCAGCUUUCCGAACAGUAAAUCAGAAUGUACUUGCAAAUGCUCCAUGUUCUGUUGGAAUUCUUGUAGAUCGCGGAUUAGGUGCUUCAGCAAGAACUACAAAUCCCCAUGGUGCACACCAUAUAGUCGUUAUCUUCUUCAGUGGCCCUGACGAUAGAGAGGCCUUGGCAUAUGCAUUGAGAAUGUCAGACAGCCCUCAUGUUAGCCUCACGGUUCUUCGUUUUAUUCCGGGGGAUGACGCAAAAGGGUGGUUCAAACGUCAUGAAAAUGAUUCUUCUGCAGAUAGCGGAACGCUAGGGGUUGUUACUGAUAAGGAAAAAGAGAGACAGAUGGAUGAGGAUAGUAUUAGUGAUUUCAUACUGAGAACUAGGGACAAUGAUUCGGUUGUUUAUACGGAGUCAGUCACAAACAACGGAGAAGAGACGGUUUCAACUAUUAGAUCUAUGGAUAAUAUUCAUGAUUUGUAUAUAGUUGGAAGAGGACAGGGUAUGAUAACACCUCUUACGGCAGGUCUUACUGAUUGGAGUGAGUGUCCAGAGCUGGGUGCAAUCGGAGAUUUGCUAGCAUCGGCAGAUUUUUCUUUAGCAGUGUCAGUAUUAGUGGUGCAGCAAUAUGUGGGGAUGGGAAUUCAAGGUGAUGGGGUAGCAACACCUGAUAGCCCUGCACAACAACAACCUGACCAACAGUUCGACCAGCUCAUGUCCAUGCCAAGGAACCAUGGCAGCAGGUAAACCCUCAUCAGCAGAUUUUAAGCAAAUUCUUCAGAAACCAUAAGAAAAAGCCACCCAUUCAGGUUUUCUCUUAGUGCUGGAGCAGAAACCACCACGGUUACUCACAGAGCCUGGCGACUCAUGUAAGAGUGUGAGAGAAAUAGGGUUCAUUUGUUUUAUCUCAAUCUAAGUGUACUUUUGUGAACCCAAAAUAUCUGAAAUGUAAUUGUCAAAAGUUGGCAACCAUGGCGGCAAAGAGUAUGAUGUUCCAUAAAUGCUGUUACAAAUGCAUGGACCAAGUUGUGGACAUGCAUACUGGCCGACGGUCAUAAUCUCAGGCUACGUUACCAAAUCAUAGAAUUACA